UUGGCUUAAUUCUGGGGAUUUCUUAUUUAUGUGUUCCUAGGAGGUGGACACAGGGUGUUUUCUUCUUGACCCGAAUUCAUCAUCAUCAAUCCCGCGGAUGUCUCUCGGAUUCUAUCGAGAAAAUCGCGUUCUACUCGAUUGAUUAUAAUCAAAGGUUCGGUGUGUACUGAGAUUUUUUUUUUUUCAAAUAGAAAUGAAAUUUUCCAAUAGAUUUGUUACCGGUUUCUGCUCGAUUCAAAUGUAAAUGGUGAAGUUGAGGUCGCUUUCAGAAUUUAUUCGCUCAUCGAUUUUGGGCUUUGGGCUGAGGAGUUUUAAAAUUGGGGUUCACUUGUGGAAUUUGAAUGGCGAUCAGUAUACUAUUGGCCAUGAUAGAUAGUUAUGCUAUGUGAGUUUUUCCUUUUUUCCACUGUUUUGGGGCCUGGAAAGGGGGAUUGAUAUUAUUUGCAAUUUCGAAAGGCGGAAUAAGAGUCUUAAGCCCUUUCCUUUUUUUUUUGGGGUGGCAAUUGGUUUUAUUGGUGGAGGCUGCGCUGGGUUGUGGGGAAGGUUGUUCACUAAUUGGGUUUUCUGAUUCUUGUUAUUUGAUUUGUUCUGGUAAUUGAAGCCAUGGAGAAUGUGUACAUAUUUCUCUUAAGAAUUAGCUGCUUUCCCAUUUAUUCCAACUUCAAGGGGUUGCUUGGUGAUUAGCCCUUGUUUGGAUUUGGCAUUUGCUUGGCGUCUUAUCCUGUUUUGUUUUGGGUUUUUGACACAUGAGAGCAGUAAGCAAAUGAGCCUAUCACAAUGGUGAAAGGAAAAGGAGGGUUGCAUAGUCGAUGGAUGCUGCGGAUAACCCAUUUCCGGCUCUAGUUGGCAAGCUGAAGUCGUGGAUCCGGCGGGGUGAGCCGGCUAAUGUGUCCAGGGACUUUUGGAUGCCCGAUCAGAGUUGUAGGGUAUGCUACGAGUGUGACUCCCAAUUUACAUUGUUUAACCGAAGGCACCAUUGCCGACAUUGUGGCCGGGUAUUCUGUGCCAAGUGUACAUCUAAUUGGAUUCCUGCAUCAUCUCUUGGACCAAGGACUCCCAGUGAAGAGUCAGAAACGAUCAGGGUAUGUAAUUUCUGUUUCAAGCAAUGGCAGCAAGGCAUAGCUGCUGGUGUUGAUAAUGGGAUUCAGUUUCCCAGUCUGGAUCUCAGUACUUCGCCAUCGACAACCAGUUUCAUUAGCAGCAAAUCUAGUGGAACCAUUAACAGUAGUAGCAUUACUCUUGCAUCAAUGCCACACUCUGAUGGGGUUAGCCCUCAUCAGUCUGCAGCGAUGGAAACUGCCUUAGAAAGGCAACCUGUCGGAGAAUCAAGAACAUGCAAUGGUCAUGAUUCGGAGACAGCUCAUAGAGAUCAGUCUUCUAAUCAAUUCGGGUAUAGCAUUAUCAGGAAUAGUGAUGAUGAAGAUGAAUUUGGAGUUUACCGGUUAGAUUCUAAAACGAGGCAUUUUCCUCAUCUUAAUGGUUACUAUGGUCACAUGCAGUUUGAUGAGAUUGACAAUGAAUAUGGAUCACGUAAAGUGCAUCCUGAUGCUGAGGCUGUUGAUUCAAAAAGCAUUAGUAGGUUGACAUUACAAAAUAGUUUAGAUUUUCAUUCCCAGGCUUCUGAAGAAGUCCAACAGAUUACCCAAAAAGAAGGUGGACAUGACGGUGGUGAUGAAUGUGAAGCGCCUUCAUCUUUAAUUGCAGCAGAAGAUGUUGAUGCUGAACCGGUGGACUUUGAGAACAAUGGAGUUCUAUGGCUUCCACCUGAACCUGAAGAUGAAGAAGAUGACCGUGAAGUGCUUCUGUUUGAUGAUGACGAUGACGGGGAUGCUGCUGGAGAGUGGGGCUAUCUACGUGCUUCAGGCAGUUUUGGAAGUGGGGAAUUCCGAAGUAGGGAAAAGUCAAAUGAGGAGCACAAGAGGGCCAUGAAGAAUGUAGUUGAUGGACAUUUUAGGGCUUUAGUUGCUCAGCUUUUGCAGGUUGAGAAUCUCUUUGUAGGUGAUGAAGACGACAAAGAGAGUUGGUUAGAAAUAAUUACAUCUCUGUCCUGGGAGGCUGCUUCAAUGUUAAAGCCUGAUAUGAGUAAGGGUGGGGGAAUGGACCCAGGAGGAUACGUGAAAGUAAAAUGUAUAGCUUCUGGGCGUCGUAGUGAGAGUAUGGUGGUGAAAGGAGUUGUUUGUAAGAAGAAUGUUGCUCACAGAAGGAUGACAUCAAAGAUAGAGAAACCUCGCAUACUAAUCCUCGGAGGAGCUCUUGAAUACCAGAGGGUUUCUAAUCUCUUGUCAAGUUUUGAUACGCUGUUGCAGCAGGAAAUGGAUCAUCUGAAGAUGGCUGUAGCAAAAAUUGAUUCCCACAAUCCUGAUGUUCUCCUGGUGGAGAAAUCUGUUUCUCGUUAUGCACAAGAGUAUCUUCUUGCAAAGGACAUAUCACUUGUUUUAAAUGUCAAAAGACCACUUCUAGAGCGCAUAGCUCGCUGCACAGGUUGUCAGAUUGUACCUUCAAUCGACCAUCUCUCAUCUCAAAAUUUGGGAUACUGUGACAUGUUCCAUGUUAAGAGGUUUCUAGAAGAGCAUGGCACAGCUGGACAGAGUGGAAAAAAGCUGGUGAAAACAUUGAUGUAUUUUGAAGGAUGUCCAAAGCCACUUGGUUGCACUGUACUACUUCGAGGUGCCAAUGGCGAUGAAUUGAAAAAGGUAAAACAUGUUGUGCAGUAUGGAGUUUUCGCAGCUUAUCACCUGGCCUUGGAAACAUCUUUUCUUGCUGAUGAAGGAGCCUCUCUGCCAGAGCUACCAUUGCAUUCUCCAAUUACUGUGGCACUUCCAGAUAAACCAUCUACUAUUGAGAGAUCCAUCUCAACAAUACCUGGUUUUACUGCCCCAAGUAAUGAACAUAAUAUUGGACAUCAUUCUGAAGUUGAACCGCAAAGGUCAAUUAGCCUGCCCAUUCCAGAACAGUUCAAGGCCACAAGUUUGUUUGGUCAUGAGAUGAAUUCUCCGAAUUGCUCUAGCUCAAAUGCUGCUGUUGUGUCUCAUUCCAUAAAGCAGACUGUCACAUCUGCUGGGCAGAUUCUUUCAAAAACUUCAUCACGUGAGCCCUCUCCUUGUCUUUCUUUGGAGGACAAGAUUACGGGGAAUUUGACUGAGUCUACUGGUGUAAAAGCAUCUAUGGCCAAUGACAUUCAGCAUGCUUCAGGAGAUCCUAUCAUUCCUAAUGGUUUUAUGCCUUCAAUACCACCGGUUAUAGGCGUUGUGGCCGAUGAUGUGCUGAAUGAUUGUGAUGGACUUGAUAGAACUCAAAAUAAUCUAGAUCUGUCUUCAUCGCAGCUAAAUAUAAAGCAAGUUCUCGAGGAACCAGUUUCUUCAAAGGAAGAGUUUCCUCCUUCCCCUUCUGACCACCAAAGCAUUUUGGUUACCUUAUCAUCUAGAUGUGUCUGGAAAGGGACUGUUUGUGAAAGGUCCCAUCUCUUUCGGAUCAAGUACUAUGGAAACUUUGACAAACCAUUGGGACGAUUUUUACGAGAUCAUUUAUUUGAUCAUAGUUACAGAUGCCGCUCAUGUGAGAUGCCUUCAGAAGCGCAUGUUCAGUGUUAUACCCAUCGACAAGGCACCCUUACAAUUGCUGUGAAGAAGCUGCCAGAGUUUCUUUUACCAGGUGAAAAGGAAGGAAAGAUUUGGAUGUGGCACAGGUGCCUUAAGUGUCCACGAACCAAUGGUUUCCCUCCUGCAACUCGAAGAGUAGUGAUGUCUGAUGCUGCUUGGGGAUUGUCUUUUGGAAAGUUUCUUGAGCUCAGUUUUUCAAACCAUGCAGCUGCUAGCAGGGUAGCAAGCUGUGGCCACUCUUUACACAGAGACUGUUUGCGAUUUUAUGGAUUUGGGCAAAUGGUUGCUUGUUUCCGUUAUGCAUCAAUUGAUGUUCACUCAGUCUAUCUUCCUCCUCCAAAACUUGAUUUCAACUUCGAGAAUCAAGAAUGGGUACAACAAGAACUGAAUGAGGUGGUUGGCCGGGCUGAGCUUUUGUUUUCUGAGGUACUAAAUGCUCUCCGUCUUUUGGUGGAGAAAAAUUUUGGUCCAGGCUUGCCAAGCAGUGGCAAAAAAGCACCAGAAUCAAGGCAUCAAAUGGCAGAUUUAGAAGCAAUGUUGCAGAAGGAAAAGGUGGAAUUUGAGGAUGCCCUUAAUAAAAUUCUGAAUAAGGAGGCUAGGAAGGGCCAACCCGCGGUUGAUAUUCUUGAAAUCAAUCGAUUGCGUAGACAACUACUCUUUCAAUCUUAUAUGUGGGACCACAGGCUGAUAUAUGUAGCCAGUUCAGAUAACAUUUGUCAGCGUGAGAUGGCAGUUGCCAAUUCAGCUCCUGAUGUGAGACCCAAUGAGGAGAUAUGUGAUUUAAAUGUUUCUGUUAGACCAGGCCAGGGUUUCGACAGUUCUAAUUUGGCUUCUCCUGAUGUAAAUCUAGAUGAAAGUCAUCAUCAUGGGGUUAGCGGUGGUGAGUAUCCUCCUGAAUUUAUUUGUGAUCAUGGAGUUGGUGGCUUGAAAAAUCCCGCUGUACUUGGUCAUCAGGAAACUGACGGUUCAAAUCCUAAUAGUGUAAAAGGAAAUCUGUCAUUUCCUUCUAGCGUGACAGACAUUCAUGAUGAAUCUGUUUCUUUAGAGUCUAAUGUAAGUGUUCAUGGCGUCCUUUCUGAUGGGCAGUUUCCAGUUAUGGUGAGUCUGUCAGAGACACUUGAUGCUGCUUGGACUGGUGAAACUAAUCCUGGUCUGGGGUUAUCAAUGGAUGAUAUGCAUAAAGUUUCUGAUACAGCUUCAUUGGAUUCAUCGACUACUGGAGGAGCUGCAGAAAUGUUGGACACAGAGGGCCAUGGUGAGGAACUGACUGGCGCUAAAAUUGUGCCAUCUCCUUUUUUGUCCUCCAGAGUUUCUGAUAAUGUGGAAGAUACUGUCAGCUGGCUAGGUCUUCCCUUCAUAAGCUUCUAUCGCUCAUUGAAUAAAAACUUUUUAGGUAAUAAUCAGAAAUUGGACACGCUGUCUGAGUAUAAUCCUGUCUAUAUCUCCUCAUUCAGACAGUUGGAACUUCAAGGUGGGGCCAGGUUGCUCUUACCUGUUGGGUUUAAUGACACAGUGGUUCCAGUUUAUGAUGAUGAGCCUACGAGUGUUAUAGCUUAUGUCCUGGCUUCCCCCGAUUAUUUGGUCCAACUGUCUGAUGAUCUUGAGAGACUGAAGGACAUGGCAGACUUAACAUCAUCUCUGUCCUUUGACUCGGGGAGUUUUCAAUCUUUUCACUCGAUGGACGAAAUAGCCUUGGAACCUUAUAGAAGUCUUGGUUCUGCAGAUGAAAGUAUCUUAUCCAUGUCCAGUACUCGUAGCUCCUCGGUGUUGGAUCCUUUUUCUUACACAAAAGCUAUGCACGCCAGAGUGUCUUUGACAGAUGAUGGACCCCUUGGGAAGGUGAAAUAUACUGUGACCUGUUACUACGCUAAGCGUUUUGAAGCUUUGAGGAGGAUUUGUUGCCCAUCUGAGAUUGACUUCAUAAGAUCUCUUAGCCGCUGUAAGAAAUGGGGAGCCCAGGGUGGCAAGAGUAAUGUCUUUUUUGCCAAAACCUUGGAUGAUAGGUUUAUUAUUAAACAAGUCACUAAGACUGAGCUGGAAUCUUUCAUAAAGUUUGCUCCUGGAUAUUUCAAGUAUCUUUCUGAAUCUAUUGGUUCAGGAAGCCCUACAUGUCUGGCAAAGAUACUUGGGAUUUAUCAGGUUACGUCGAAGCAUGUUAAGGGGGGAAAGGAAUUAAAGAUGGAUGUUCUUGUUAUGGAGAACCUUCUUUUUGGGAGAAACUUGACACGGCUUUAUGAUCUAAAAGGAUCUUCCAGAUCUCGAUAUAAUCCGGAUUCCAGUGGAAGUAACAAGGUUUUGCUGGAUCAGAACUUGAUUGAAGCAAUGCCAACUUCUCCUAUAUUUGUUGGAAACAAGGCAAAGAGGUUGCUUGAAAGAGCAGUUUGGAAUGAUACUGCAUUCCUUGCAUCAAUUGAUGUAAUGGACUAUUCAUUGUUGGUUGGUGUUGAUCAAGAGAAGCAUGAACUUGUUCUUGGGAUUAUCGACUUCAUGCGGCAGUAUACAUGGGACAAGCACUUGGAAACAUGGGUGAAGGCGUCUGGAAUCCUUGGGGGUCCAAAAAACACACCACCAACAGUAAUCUCACCUAAGCAAUACAAAAAGAGGUUUAGAAAAGCAAUGACAACCUAUUUUCUGAUGGUUCCAGAUCAAUGGUCUCCGCCUACUAUAGUUCCCAGCAAGUCUCAGAAUGAUUUAUCUGAGAACUUGCAGGGUGGAGGUGCUGCUCAGUGAUCAAGUAAAUU